CAUCCAAAACCCUUAAAUUUCAAAUCCCCUAAUCUUCAUCUCAUCCAAUUGCUUCUCCGAUUUGAAUAUCAACCUUCAAUUCAACUCUACCAUCUCCAUUUCGCCGUCUUUUGCUACAAAAUGGCAUUCCCUGGCUGUUGUUACCCUUUUCUAGGUCGUUUUUCUUCGUCUUCGAGACUGCACUAUACCAAAAUCUUCACCUUCGUAUUUCAAUUUGCUCUUAUGGCGAUCCGCAUCUCCCUAGGAUUUUCCGGCUUCGUGGCCCAUAACCUAGCCUCCUCUGCCAAUAUUCACGUCAAUAAUUGCUGUGGCAUCCACAGGUGCUGGGUCAGGUCUCUGCUAUUCGGCACUAACCAGAUUAGUGUCUUGGAUGUGGGGUUCAAUGUGGUUUUUAGCGACUUAAAGGCCCAGUUGGAAGCUCUGGUGACUAACAAUGCUAGAGAAUCAGAAAUCCAGGGAGUCAUUGGUGAAGUGCCUGAUAUUAUACUCAGAUGUGUUAGUCGAGAUGAGGCCGCCUUGGCUGUGGCUCAAAAGGUUUUCAAGGGUUUGUACGAGAAUGCAACAAACCAGAUUCAUGUUGGCGCACAUCUAGCAAUGCUGAUUGCGAUUCGUGAUGUUUGCAAGCUUGUCUUUACGCAGCUCAAUAGUUGGAAGUGGAAGUUGAUCAAUGUUGGGCAGAAGCAAGAUGCAUUGCAAUCGCUUCAUGAUCUUAUUACAUCAAAGAGAUAUAGAGCAUGGCAGAAGCCACUUGAAAAAAUUAUGUUUAAAUAUGUGGAGCUUUGUGUUGACUUGCGCAAGGGUAGAUUUGCCAAGGAUGGUCUGAUUCAGUACCGUAUUAUAUGUCAACAAGUACAUGUCAGUUCCUUGGAAGAGGUGAUCAAGCACUUCAUGCAUCUGUCAACUGAGAAAGCUGAGCAGGCACGUACCCAGGCUCAAGCAUUAGAAGAAGCACUUGAUGUUGAUGACCUCGAAGCAGAUAAGAGGCCUGAAGAUCUAAUGCUGAGUUAUGUCAGUGGAGAGAAAGGAAAAGAUAGGUCUGAUCGUGAAGUUGUUACUCCUUGGUUCAAGUUUUUGUGGGAAACCUACAGAACAGUGCUUGAGAUCUUGCGCAACAACUCAAAGUUGGAGGCCCUUUAUGCGGUACUUUCGAGUCAGAAUUCUCAUUUAGUAUCCAAGGCUACUCGUUUGUGGGAGUCGAUAUUAGCCCGUAAAAGUCAACAUGAAGUUCUUGCUUCGGGCCCUAUCGAGGAUUUAAUCGCUCAUCGGGAGCAUAGGUACCGCAUUUCUGGAUCUUCUUUGCUUGCAGCUAUGGAUCAGAGCUCUCAGGUUCCUUAUGCAGAUGUCUUAUCUGUCCAGUCUGAUGAGAGAAGUGGAAGAGUCCACCCAACUGUUGACGUGGCAGAAAUUAUCAGGCGUUGGACACAUGCUUUACAGCGUAUUCAUAAACAGUCACUUCAUAUGGCAAAAGCUAAUGAGGGAGAGGGUCCAGAAAUUCUAAGAAGUGCGCAUGAAGGCAGUUCAAGUGGUCAUGCCGAGUCAUUAGCUGCAACACUAGCUGAACAUCAGCAGCACUUGGUUAGCUUUCAGGUUCUCAUUAAUCAACUGAAGGAAGUUGCUCCAGCAAUACAAAAGUCAAUAUCAGAACAGGUUGACUUCUUUACUUCUGCUUGGAAAUUGCGAAACAUCUCUCUCUUCCUCCAGUCAAGCUACACUGCAGUAUGCUUGCUGAGGAUGCCAUCAAGGCAGCUGUUAAAGACUAUCAAACAAAGCUGGCUAAUGAAGGAUUGCUUAUCAUCUUUGCCUACAAGAGAGCUUCUGCAAGAGCAAAUGAAGGUGCAUUAA